UCUUGUGUAGGUCUCGACCUUUCCUAGUAUUCUUAUUUUAAAAACACUUGAAACAGACUAUUUGAUAUAAAGGACUUUUAAAGAGCGCAGAUGGUCACCCAUCAUUUUUUAUUAUUGUGCAGGCAGCAGAGGAAUGACCCCCCUGAUAAUUAUUGUUCUGGUGUUGACAACAGCAGAAGUUAGUGCUACGAGCUGUAAUCUCACUGAGGAGAGUAGAGAUCAUCAAUGUUAUGCGGCUCUGGGAGAAUCUUYGUCAUUCCAACUGACUGCARRCACAAGUGAGGAAAAAAUUACAUUGAAGAAAGGUGCUAAACGUAUUCUGCACUUCCAAACUGGAGAAGACUGGAGAUCUAAAUUGCAUCAGGAUUAUGUGAAUCGCUCUGAGUUCUUUAACAAUGGAACAUUCAGACUGGACAGAGUUAUAGAGGAAGACAGUGGAGAUUAUCAAUUGGAAACAUAUAAUUCAGAGGGAGCAGUGUUGCRCAGAGUCAACAUGCUACUUGAGAUACAAGCCACGGUGUCAGAGCCAGUGUUGUCUCACCUCUGUCUGCCUCAUGGAGAAACCGUGGUCACAUGCUCCUCAGAGGGAGAUGGUCUUCAGUACAGCUGGACCCUGAAUGGACAGAAUAUGACCAGGAGUGGAAACUAUGACCACUACCAGAGCAGUGUCAUCAUACUGAAGAGUGAUGUGACAGGAACCCUGACCUGUAUGGUUCAGAAUAAAGUUAGCAGCAGCAGCUCCACUAUUGAUCUCUCCUUGGCCUGCCCAGCUUUGUAUGAAUUUUGCAUGAAAAAGUAACCACAAGAUUAAUGUUUUGACAAGAACCACGUUUUGAGAUUGUGGAAAUGACUUUAAGUACUGUAUCAGAUG